UGCCGCCUCCAUCGACGCUCCGCAUUUAAUUUUCUUCCGCAAGCUCCGAGCUUUUCCCCAUUCUCUCCGCGACACCACGAUAAAAUCCAACAAAAUUAAUAAUAAUUAAGUAAAAUUAGAAAAAAAUUAGUAAUAAUCCCUCAAAAUCCGAGGUCUAUUCCAUUUUCCCAAUCCGCCUCUCCUUGUCGAAAUCGGCGAUUGAUCGAUGCAGGACGAAAAUCGACCAAUCGACCGCUCAUCCUUUUCAGGGUCAAGCUUUUUUGUUGCGGUCAUGUGAAGCUUGGCCCAUAGAUUGGGUUGACUAUUUUUAUAUGAUUCGUCAUAUCUGAAAAUAAAAUUGAAAUUUAAGGGAGAUAUGAGGCAUUCAGAUUAUUCUAGCAGCAUCUUCUUAAUUUGAGCUCCCAACACAAAACUUACUCGAACAAUGCAACUACUUGUGUUAUUGUCUUAUGGAAAUAGAUCUGUGUGCUAUUGAGAAUUGGAGAUCCCAUGGUUUUUCAGUACAUUGAGAGGCUGGUGAUUGCAUCUAAUUCAGAAAAAUGGAUGGCGGGGUUGCUAAUCCUUCUGUGAGUAAUUCUGCACUUUACUAUGUUCCUAGUGCAUCUGGAAGGACGCCUUCAGAAAACAAUUUGUGCGACAUGACUGUUCAAACUGGGGAAGAUCGAGUAACAGGAGGAAACCCUAUUAGAACUGGAUUUGACUAUGGUUAUAUGAAGAGAAUGGGAUUCAAUGUCAAACAUAAUCCAUGCCCUGGUUAUGAAGAUCACACCAGCAAUUUCGGACUCCGAAGAAUAGAAUCUGAUUUUAGAUGUGAUGCUUCUUCUUGUUUUUUUCCCAGGGUGAUUGCUCUUGAGGUCAAUUCUAGGGGUUAUAUCGAUACAGCAAGCACAAAUUUAGCUGGGAAUAAUGAGAGAAUCAGUGAUAAUCAAUUCAAUGACUCUGGCAAAUGCUCUUCUUCUGACCCUGUUCAUGGCUGUAAGACCUGUACUUACAUGCGUGGAACCUUGGAAAGCCCACAUUCUGGGAAGGUUAAGUUUCUAUGCAGCUUUGGUGGAAAAAUCCUGCCGAGACCUGGUGAUGGGAAGUUGAGAUAUGUCGGUGGCGAGACACGGAUUAUUUCCAUAAAGAAGGAUCUUUCAUGGAAGGAACUUAUGCACAGAACUAUUGAUAUAUUCAGUGCACCACAUAUUAUUAAGUAUCAGCUCCCAGGGGAAGACCUUGAUGCUCUUAUAUCUGUUUCAUCAGAAGAGGAUCUUCAGAACAUGAUGGAUGAGUAUCAUGCAAUUGACAAGGCUGAUGGAUCCCAGAGGCUCAGAAUAUUCCUCAUCCCUUUUAAUGAAUCCGAGAGUAGCUCUUUAGAUACAAUGGGCUUGCAGUGCAGCUCUGAGUAUCAAUAUUUUGUUGCUGUAAAUAAUAUAGCGGAUCGUAGUCCUAGGGAAAGUUCAAGUGGAAACAGCUUAUCGAGCCAAGUAGGAUACCAGUUAGAUAAAUUGGUUCCCAAAGACUCUCAUUUUCUUCAAGUUGAUACUAUGGAUGGUGGUAUUAGCAUGCAAAAGGACACUGGGAUAUAUGACCAUCAUAAUAAUUCUAAGCCCUUAGUUUGUUUUCAAAUUGCACCCAGCUCACCCAUCCAUUCCCCACCUUUUUCUCCAAAACUAGGGCAGCAGAGAGAAAUAAGCCAUUCUCGGAAACAGUCAUUUAAAGAUCAUUUCAUUGCAGACCAAUCAUCUGAAAACCAGUAUGAUUUGAAUAGAGGUUAUCUAAUGAACGUGGAUGUGUCAAGCUUUCAUUCUAACAUCCAUGGUGGUGUGGAAAUGCAAGUUAGACAGUCUGGGCCUCAAUUUCCAAAUAAAAAAGAUGCAGAGAGUGACAGUGAAUCAGCUGGGCAUUCUUUACGUGAGAAGUCUUUCCUUCAGGAAAAGCUUUUUAAUUUUGAGAAAUUUAUAAAGGAGCAGGAAGAUUCAGUAAGUUGGGUCGCAGGCUCAAAUGAUUCAGGAAGCUCAAUUCAAGUCAUGCCUCAUGCAUUUUUAGAUCCCUUGCUUCAUGGUAUCGGUGAAAGAAAUAUUUCUGGUUUGAGGGAAUCUAAUGGCUCUCAUUUGGAAUUAAAAAAUUCAGCGAUUUCUCGGAAUUCUUUUCAAAGAAACACGCAGGAAGAAACACCGUGUUUCAAGCACAUGUUAAUUAAUAAUCGCUCGGAUAUUUUAUCUGAACUACAAAGGACAGCAUUGACGCCCUCUCACAUGAGAGCCGAAUUCUCAAUACAUGGUAAUUCUGCAGAAUCUUGUGGAAGAAAUGAAGCAGAAAGUUCUUUUCAACUUGCUGAAAAUACAAGCGCAGAACCAAUCAAGAGGGUCAGUUCUGGUGAACUAGAAUAUCUCGUGAAACACGAUUUGGAUGGUUCUGCUUCUAAUUGGCCGGAUGAGAAGGGAAACCAUCUUCCCCAACCAAUGAAGUAUUGUCAGAAAAAUAAUGAUGUGACAUCUCAUACUAACAGUCAAUUACAAGAUUAUGAUUACAACUUCGGCAUUGUCCAUGGUUAUGUUCUUUCAUCGCCAGUUGUAGAGGUAGUGGAGAGUUGUCUUCCAACAUAUUCACCCUUUUCCCCCUGCAUCGAUUUAGAGAAGGCCAAACAACUCUCUUUGGGAAACCAAUUUGAUGGAACUGUAUCUGAAGAUCAUAGAAACUUUUGCUAUCAGAGUCAUGGUUCAUUGGAGGCGAGGAAGAGCAAUCUCAUCGACGUGGACAAUAUCAGGAUGACAUUUGCACCUACUGCUUCAACUACUGGGGAUUCUUCCCAAGUUCUGAUGCCUAAAACAACUGUAGAAAGGAAGGAUGAGAAUAUUAUUCUUGUUGAUAGACACGGUGAAAGAAAGGAUUAUGGCGGGCAAGGAAUUGACAGUAAUGGAAACGCAGGUCCAACUCUCAGGAUCAAUGAGGGCAGUAAAACCCUUGUUUUUCAGAAAUCAGAAAAUGAUCAAGUUUCUAGGCAGACGUUUUCACUGCUUGAUCAGGACAUGGUGAAUUACUGUGAGCCAGGACCUAGAAAUAUUGAACUUGGAAACUCUGGUAAUGAAACAGUAAGGCCAGAACAGGCGGAUCCUACGUCAAAUAUGCACCAUAAUGGACCUGUGGAGGCUUUGAUUACUGUGGAAGAUGUAACUGAUAGGGUACCUUUUGGUGUCCCAGUUGCAUCAAGCAUUAUACCCCAUGUAAUAGAGUAUAAAACGGAAGAAGAAGAAGAAUUGGAAAAUCCUUCUCGAAGGGUAGCAAGUGCCAAUAGUACUCCUCGAUCUGAAUGUGAGGAUGUUGAAGAUGAUGAAAUUGAUACUGACGGAUCUAUGAGUGAUGCUGCAAUUGCUGAAAUUGAAGCUGGCAUCUAUGGUUUGCAGAUUAUAAAGAAUGCAGACCUUGAAGAACUACGUGAAUUGGGAUCAGGUACUUUUGGUACUGUUUUUCAUGGAAAAUGGAGGGGAACAGAUGUUGCUAUCAAGCGAAUCAAGAAAAGCUGCUUUUCUGGGAAAUUGUCUGAGCACGACCGGUUGACAAAAGAUUUCUGGAGGGAAGCCCAAAUCCUCUCAAAGCUUCAUCACCCAAAUGUAGUUGCUUUCUAUGGGGUGGUUCCGGAUGGAGGAGGUGGCUCGCUGGCUACUGUAACAGAAUUCAUGGUAAAUGGGUCACUUAGGCAUGUCCUGCUACGGAAGGAUAGGACACUCGAUCAUCGUAGAAAGCUUAUGAUAGCCAUGGAUGCAGCUUUUGGGAUGGAAUACUUGCAUUCCAAGAAUAUUGUCCAUUUUGAUUUGAAGUGUGACAAUUUAUUAGUUAACUUGAGAGAUUCUCAAAGACCGAUAUGCAAGGUUGGAGAUUUUGGACUCUCAAGAAUCAAGCGUAAUACUUUGGUUUCUGGAGGUGUGAGAGGAACUCUUCCAUGGAUGGCUCCCGAGUUAUUGACUGGGAGCAGUACCCGGGUUUCUGAAAAGGUUGAUGUGUUCUCAUUUGGAAUUGCAAUGUGGGAAAUCAUUACUGGAGAGGAACCUUAUGCUAAUAUGCAUUGUGGUGCAAUCAUUGGAGGAAUUAUUAGCAAUACUCUUCGUCCGCCAAUUCCCGAACACUGCGAUGCUGAUUGGAGAAAACUAAUGGAGCAGUGCUGGUCUGCUGAUCCUUCUCAACGCCCUUCAUUCACAGAGAUCACGAACAAGCUACGCUCAAUGUCUAUGGCACUUCAGUCGAAGGUAAAAGCUCAGGCUAACAGAUGAAACAAAAGCAGACAUGAUUAGUAGUUGAAAGUUUUGAUUAUAAUCGCCAAUCUCUCAGCUUCAGGAAAAGAGCUUUUAUGUCAGUCCUAAGACAUAAUAGGCAUGAGCUAGAUGAGUAUUAUUCUUCAUUAUCACCUUCGUGUGUGUAUAUAUAUAUAUAUAUAUAUAUUUGUUGCAUUCUUUUGCUGGAUUCAUGGGAUAUGCUUUCUUGUAUAGUAUUUCAAAGUCAAUUUUUGACUCAUUAAGAUGUAAGUAAUUAUCUUUUGUGAUGCAGCAGUGAUAAUGAAUUUUCUUUAUCGCUUGAGA